UUCUUUCUCUAUUGAACUUAUAAAAGGAAAACCAAAGAAAUUAAAUAUUUUUACUCUAAAUAAUGAGUGAAAUAUAUGGAGAAUAUUUGCAGGUCAAAACUCCACAUCUUGAUAGCACAUUUAUUAAUUUUCAGUUAUCAAUUUUGAAUGACUAUGUUCAUAAAAAAGAAAAGUUAGAAAAAUUGGCAAGAACGUGAAUUUUUAGUUCUACUGGGAUAAGAAGGGUUUUUUUUUUCUUACUUUUUUAAGUUAUAUUACUUUCAGAAAUAAUAUUUCUGACACACAAAUUUUUUACAUUUAUUUAUUUGAUGUUAUUAUUCUUUAUAUUUUAUUUUAACUUUUUAUCUAAAAAUAAAAAAGUUCACACUCUUUUAUAAUUAAUUAGUAUUAUCCUACCAUUACUUUAUCACUUUUGGAAGAAUUUUAAAAGAAAAAUGAGAGCAAAGCAACUCAUGUCAACUUGAAGACAGUGGAGAAAAAUAGAUAAAUGAUUUUUUUGCCUUUUUAUAAUGAAAUUUUUUAAAAAAAAUAAAACCGAUAUUAUUAAUUAUGUUACAUUUUUAAUUUUAUAAAACAAGUAAAAAUAAUAACUUUUGUUUUCCUAUUUUUCUUUCUUCUUAUAAAAUUACUUAUUUUUAUUGCUUUCCCUCUAUUAUAUUUAUUUAUUUUGACGAAGUAUCAUCAAGUUUUUGUUAAUGAUUAAACCUGAGUUAUCAUUUUCAUUGAGAUUUUUGGGCUGAAUUAUAUUUUUUAUUGAGAAAUUACCUGAACCAAGUUUUAUUGGAACUAAUUAACUAUAUAAAGAGAGAGUUAUUUAUCGAUGAAUAAAUGAAAUAAAAUGUGUGAUGUUGGUGAUGAGUUAAGACCCGUGUUUAGUGGCACACCAAAGGUGAAUCCUAAUUCCCCUCGGCUCAGUCUACACGCCCAACGAAAACUGAACCGUCAUACUCAUAUCUGCAUAUAAUAUCACAGACACAAACAGAAACACACAAACUAAAACAUCCUUAUUUUCCUCCAAAUCUAACCACUACCUGUACGUCCAACAGAAACUCAGAAAGCUCAGAAGACCAAAACAGAAGGAAGAGAUGGCAGGAGAAUCAUUCGGCGAAGCAAUCGCAAAACUGACCAAGCUUCUCAGUGAAAAGGCUGAACUCGGCGACGUCGCCACCUUAAAGAUCUCGCAGCUGACGGCGGAGCUUGAGGCUGCCGGUGCGAAGCGCUGUGUCCCGGAGGAGAGGAUCAAAACGGGCUUCAUCACCUUUAGGAAUGAGAAAUUUUUGAGAAAUCCUGAUCUAUAUGCCGACCUUGCCAAAGGCCAAAGCCCAAAGUUUAUGGUAUUUGCCUGCUCGGACUCGAGAGUUUGUCCAUCCCAUAUUCUGGAUUUCCAACCCGGUGAAGCCUUUGUGGUCCGAAACAUUGCCAACAUGGUUCCACCGUAUGAUAAGACAAAGUAUUCAGGAGCUGGGGCAGCCAUUGAAUAUGCAGUCGAGCAUUUAAAGGUGGAGAAUAUUGUAGUUAUUGGACACAGUUGCUGUGGUGGUAUAAAGGGGCUCAUGUCUAUCCCAGAUGAUGGGACCACUGCAAGUGAAUUCAUAGAGCAAUGGGUCCAAAUAUGUACACCAGCAAGGUCCAAGAUUAAAACAGAAACAAGUGCAUUAAGCUUCGAGGAGCAGUGCACUAACUGUGAGAAGGAAGCUGUGAAUGUGUCACUGGGGAAUCUGUUAAGUUAUCCUUUUGUUAGAGCUGGUGUGGAGAACAAAUCUCUAGCUUUGAAAGGAGCACAUUAUGAUUUCGUUAAUGGCACUUUUGAACUCUGGGAUUUGAACUACAAGCUUUUGCCCUCUAUAUCUAUUUAAGAUUUCUCUUUUCAACAGUGAGUCUAGAUUCUUUGCUGGUUUUUUUUCAGUGCUGUUCUUUGUAGAAAAUAAAAAAUACGCUGAUAUUAAUAUAUAUUAAUUCUUUUUUAGUUUAUUUUAAAACAUCAAAAUCAGUGUAUUUUAAAGAUUAAACAUAAGAACAGCACUGAAAAAUUCAGUAAAAAAUUUACUGCAAAGCUGCACUAUAUGUACACUUUUGCUGAGGGUUUCCAUAGAAAAGAUUCAGACAUUCAGAAAGAAUAAUGGUCUGUGAGGUAGUAAUAGUAGUAACUAGUAAACUGGUUUUGAUUUCCACCAAAGUAUCAUUAUCAUCAUCUCUGUUAUGAAUAAUACAUUACUGUUAUUUAUUUUCAUUUUGGCUGAUGUAUCAAUGACUUUAUAUAUCAGUUAUGACUUCCUACUUUGAUUUUCUUUCUGAA